GCGCGGUCCGAGCGGAGCGGCGUAGCGCAUCGCCGCCGGGAACCCGAGCGGGAGUGGCAGCCGGGAGCCGGGCCGCGUGGAGCCCGCGAGCUAUGAUGUCGACCUACAAGCGGGCCACGCUGGACGAGGAGGAUCUGGUGGACGCUCUCUCCGAGGGCGAAGUGUACCCCAAUGGCUUGCGAGGGCCUUCAGUGUGCCUGAGUGAGGCCUGUGUCUCAGUGACCAGCUCUAUCCCGAGCUCCAUGGACCCGACAGUAGACCCCUGCCAAGAUUUCUUCAGCUACGCCUGUGGGGGAUGGAUCAAAGCCAACCCCGUGCCCGACGGCCACUCUCGAUGGGGCACCUUCAGCAACCUCUGGGAACACAACCAAGCCAUCAUCAAGCACCUGCUUGAAAAUUCCACAGCCAGUGUCAGCGAGGCAGAAAGGAAGGCCCAAGUAUACUACCGUGCAUGUAUGAACGAGACCAGGAUAGAAGAGCUCCGGGCCAAGCCAUUGAUGGAGCUGAUUGAGAAGCUUGGUGGCUGGAACAUCACAGCACCCUGGGCCAAGGACAACUUCCAGGACACGCUGCAGGUAGUCACGGCCCACUUCCGCACCUCGCCCUUCUUCUCCGUCUAUGUCAGUGCUGACUCUAAGAACUCCAACAGCAACGUGAUCCAGGUGGACCAGUCUGGCCUGGGCUUACCCUCCAGAGACUAUUACCUGAACAAGAUAGAAAACGAGAAGGUCCUGACUGGAUACCUGAACUACAUGGUCCAGCUGGGGAAGCUGCUAGGCGGGGGCGACGAGGACUCCAUCGGACCCCAGAUGCAGCAGAUCUUGGACUUCGAGACGGCACUGGCCAACAUCACCAUUCCCCAGGAGAAGCGCAGGGACGAGGAGCUCAUCUACCACAAAGUCACUGCCGCUGAGCUGCAGACCUUGGCACCAGCCAUCAACUGGUUACCCUUUCUCAACACCAUCUUCCACCCUGUGGAGAUCAACGAAACUGAGCCUAUUGUGGUCUACGACAAGGAGUACCUGGAGCAGGUCUCCACCCUCAUCAACAGCACGGACAAAUGCCUCCUGAACAACUACAUGAUCUGGAACCUGGUGCGGAAGACGAGUUCCUUCCUGGAUCAGCGCUUCCAGGAUGGUGAUGAGAAGUUCAUGGAAGUGAUGUACGGGACCAAGAAGACCUGCCUCCCUCGCUGGAAGUUCUGCGUGAGUGACACAGAGAACAACCUGGGCUUUGCCCUGGGGCCCAUGUUUGUCAAAGCCACCUUUGCCGAGGACAGCAAGAACAUUGCCAGCGAGAUAAUCCUGGAGAUCAAGAAGGCAUUUGAGGAGAGCCUGAGCACCCUGAAGUGGAUGGACGAAGAGACCCGGAAGUCAGCCAAGGAGAAGGCGGAUGCCAUCUACAACAUGAUAGGCUACCCCAACUUCAUCAUGGACCCCAAGGAGCUGGACAAGGUGUUCAAUGAUUACACCGCAGUUCCAGACCUCUACUUCGAGAAUGCCAUGCGCUUUUUCAACUUCUCCUGGAGGGUCACUGCCGACCAGCUCAGGAAAGCCCCCAACAGAGAUCAGUGGAGCAUGACCCCACCCAUGGUGAACGCUUACUACUCGCCCACCAAGAAUGAGAUUGUGUUUCCGGCUGGGAUCCUGCAGGCGCCAUUCUAUACCCGCUCAUCACCCAAUGCCUUACACUUUGGUGGUAUUGGUGUCGUCGUGGGCCACGAGCUGACUCAUGCUUUUGAUGAUCAAGGACGAGAGUAUGACAAGGACGGCAACCUCCGGCCCUGGUGGAAGAACUCGUCCGUGGAGGCCUUCAAGCAGCAGACGGAAUGUAUGGUGCAGCAGUAUGGCAACUACAGCGUCAACGGGGAGCCAGUGAAUGGCCGCCACACCCUUGGGGAGAAUAUUGCUGACAACGGAGGCCUCAAGGCAGCCUACCGGGCUUACCAGAACUGGGUGAAGAAGAACGGGGCUGAGCAGACGUUGCCCACGCUGGGCCUCACUACCGACCAGCUCUUCUUCCUGGGAUUUGCACAGGUCUGGUGCUCAGUCCGCACACCUGAGAGCUCCCACGAAGGUCUCAUCACGGACCCCCACAGCCCUUCCCGCUUCCGGGUCAUCGGCUCUCUCUCCAACUCCAAAGAGUUCUCAGAACACUUUCACUGUCCGCCUGGCUCCCCCAUGAACCCUCAUCACAAAUGUGAGAUUUGGUAAGGAGCAAAGCACACAGCCGAUACAGAGUUGGGGAAGAAUCUGAGAACCAGUCCCCACGGGGCUGUGGAGUCGCCCCUCCUUACAGGGUACUGCCCAAGCCCCUUGGCCACCCAUGGCCUCUUCCCCACACUGGAGGAUUUACAGCCAGCUGGCCCCAACCCUGGGCCACAAUUUGAUACCCUGUGAAGCCCUGGCAUUCCAGAUACCCCUCUAUCCAUGCUAGUGGGUGUCAGGCUGGUGGCUUACCAGGCCUGGGCCUCACACUGACAAGGGCAGUGGGAUGCAGCCCUUCGCCCACAUCCAAUGCCAGAUACACCACAAUACCACUGUGUCAAAUGUUUUAAAGAUACAUUUUUGGGAAACUAUUUUUUAAACAUUGUGGAAACACUGGAAAUCUUCAGGAAAAAAAUGCAUU